AUGAAGCUGGUGUACCUUCAGCUGCGUCUCUUCCUCUAUCCUACGAUGGGAGUGGCUUCAUCACAGGUAAAUGUGGAGGGUGAAGUUUUGUUACGGCUAACAGACAGCAAAGAUCAAACUUUAGCUUACCCUAAAGCCACAGGUGCAAUUUGGUCUCCAAGAGACAAAGUUAAUGGUUUUGUCAACACCUUGGAAGUGGAGUUGGAAGUACUGCAGGUUGAACUGGAGGAUGAAGCACUCCCACUUCCACUACUUGGUGGCUUUCGGAUGGGUGAUAAAAUCUGCUGA